UAUUAUCAUUGUUGUUACCAUCAACGCUCAGCUCACUCACCACACGACCAUAUUUCCUUUCACAACCUUCACCUUAUGUUAGAGAAUCAGGGGCUGUAUGAACAUGUAUUCAAUUUAGCUUCACCAUAAGCAGCAACAAGUAUUUCAAUUCUUCUCAUGUGAAUCAUAUUAUCUCAGUUAUUCUCCUCUUCUCACUGACGACUCACUCGCCUCACCCUAACGUCUGUAUUAUCUCAUCCUUGUGUUUACUCUCCCGCUGUUUUCUCUCGUCUCUCUCUCACCUCUUGUUGUUAGAUAAGCUAAGUACCUUAGGCCAAAACUCUGUCUUCCAACUUCGUCUUCUUCUUUCCGCAACGAAACGUUACGAUGAACAUGCUGGAUUGUUCUCGAAUCUAAAAGGAAGAACACGUAUAAUUGUUACCGGCUGUGGAAGUGAAAAAUGGAUGAUGCCGUAUCAAAUCCAUGUUACCCUUGAUGCAAUAUUACAUGAUGAAGCCAUCAGAAAAACUUUGAGAAGAAUCCCAAAACGCAAGCCAUUGAUUGAUUUGCAGAAGUAGCUUCAAGGGUUUUUGUUGGGUUUUUCUCUUCUACUCCUAAGAAAGAAAUGAAGUCACCUUAAUUUCAUUUCACUCUUCUUCAAACAAUGUAUCGACACCACCGUUUCACUCUCUCCACUCUCCGCUAUCUCACCCACACAAAUCCAUUUCCAUUCCACUCACACCCCCCUCGCCACUUCUCCACCACUCCCUUCCGCCGUCCACCACCCGACCCAAACGACCCUUCCACCCUCCUUAAGGAAGACGCUUUCUCGCUCAUCUCCAAUCUCUGGAUCGAAAACUUCCGCCAACCCGAUAAACUCAUCACCAACCUCUCCUCCACCCUCCGCCGCUUCGAACUCUGGCUCCUAGCUUACCAGAAAGUCACCACCGAUGAAACCGGUUCCUACACCCCUCGGUCCUCCAUCCAACGCUCUGAACUCGAAAACCUCCUCGCUCUUCGUAACGCCGUCGUUGACGGCAAUUUCAAAUGGGGCUCCCGUCUCAAAUUCUUCAUCAAAUCACCCAUUGAUAAAACCGAUCACGAUUCCUUAUCCAAAAGAAAAAUCAAAAUCAUCUUAAACACCACACAACCUACACCUUUUCAAGAUAGAAUUGUUCAGGAGGUUUUAUUAAUGAUUCUUGAACCAAUUUAUGAACCUAGGUUUUCAGAGAAAUCGUAUGCUUUUCGUCCUGGGAGGACGCCGCAUACGGUUUUGAGGGUGAUAAGAAGGAAUUUCGCAGGCUAUUUAUGGUAUUUGAAAGGUGAUUUGAGUACUUUGUUGGAUGGAGUAAAAGUAGGGUUAGUGAUUAAUUCUGUUAUGAGAGAUGUUAGGGAUAAGAUGGCUGUGGAUUUGUUGAAAUCCGCGUUGGUUACGCCGGUUGUAACGAGUAAGGUUGAUGAUAGGGAGGUGAAGAAGAAGAAGAGGAAGUAUCAGAAAAAGAGGGUUUUGAAUGAGGAUGAGCCAAAGCCGGAUCCUUAUUGGUUGGAUACUUUUUUUGGAUUUGCGCCUGAGGAAGCUGAGAAGGUUCCGAGUUGGGGUCAUUGUGGUGUUUUGAGUCCGCUUUUGGCAAAUAUUGUUUUGGAUGAGUUGGAUCGUUGGUUGGAAGGGAAAAUGAAGGAGAUUUACGUUCCUUCUAAGAGUGAUGUUAUAUGGAAUAGUCCCGAAGGGGAAGCUGAGCAAGGGAACACUUCUUGGCCGGAGUUUGUGCCGACUAGUGGACCGGAUAAAACUAGGAAGAUGGAUUUUAUAAGAUAUGGAGGUCAUGUACUGAUCGGUGUUCGGGGUCCUAGAGCAGACGCAGCGACGUUGAGGAAGCAGUUGAUUGAGUUUUGUGAUCAGAAGUUCAUGAUCAAGCUUGAUAACGAAUGCCUCCCUAUAGAACAUAUAACCAAAGGUAUAAUGUUUCUUGAUCAUGUGCUUUGUAGGAGAGUUGUUUAUCCGACACUUAGGUACACUGCAACUGGUGGUAAGAUCAUUAGUGAAAAGGGUGUAGGAACACUUUUAUCGGUCACCGCGAGCUUAAAGCAAUGUAUUAGGCAAUUUAGAAAGUUGAGUUUUCUUAAGGGUGAUAGGGAUCCUGAUCCACAGCCUUGUUUUAGGAUGUUUCAUGCCACUCAAGCUCAUACCAAUGCUCAAAUGAACAAGUUUUUGUCAACCAUGGUUGAGUGGUAUAGGUUUGCAGACAAUAGGAAGAAGAUUGUGAAUUUCUGUUCUUAUAUCAUAAGAGGUUCACUUGCAAAGCUCUAUGCUGCUAAAUACAAGCUUCGCUCGCGUGCGAAAGUAUAUAAGAUUGGUGCUCGAAACCUGAGCCGUCCGCUGAAGGAGAAGAAAGGGCAGUCUCCUGAAUACCAGAAUUUGCUUAGGAUGGGUCUUGCCGAAUCAAUUGAUGAGCUUCAGUAUACAAGGAUGUCCCUCGUGCCUGAGACGGAUUACACCCCAUUCCCUGGUAAUUGGAGGCCUGACCAUGUAAACGCAUUGCUAGAAUACAUAAAAUUAGCAGAUCCAAAGACUUCGGAGGAGCAACAGAGUUGCAUCAGAGAACAAGGUCUUGUUACACCCCAAGAUUAUAUUUCAAUGCUUGUUUGGAAUUACAAAAGGAACUCUCUUCCUAUGGACCAUUUCUCGUUAGCAAAGAGAGACGAAAGUGUUGUAGGGAAUCAACAUUUUCUAGCUUCCUCAAACCAGGACGACACAAGCAAAGAGGAAGAAAAUGAUGCAAGGAUAAAUGGAGCACAAAUGUAACAGAAGGAACUUUACACAAAGGAGAUUUUUCAGCUUCUUGUAUCUGCUUAUUCUACAAUAAGUGUUGAAGAUGCUGCUUUAUUUCUGGGAAUGAGUGAGGAUGGUGCUACAAGUUGCAGAUGUACUACAACAAGGUUGGACCGUGGACAAUGCCUCUCGGAUGCUUACUGUGAAGAAGCAACCUGUUGCGUCAGUGCAGAAACUUGAUCCUCGCAAAUUGCAACAGCUGACAGAAUAUGUCUUCCAUCUUGAGC